GCGCGGCGCGUGCGGGCGCUCGGGGCGCACACCGGCCGGCGGGCUGACGCGGGCGGGCCGGCUGAGGAGACUGAGGCGCCCGCGGAGCCGGGAGCGGGAAUCGCGGGGAGCGCGAGCGGCCGAGGAGCCGGCGGAGACCGAGGAACGCGGCGCGGCGGCGCCAAGGCGGCCAAGCGCGGGAGCCGGGCCGCGGACCUGUGGGCGCGCGGUGCCGCCCGGCCCGGCCCCACCCGCGUCCGCGCCCCCGGCCCCGACCCCCGCGGCGCCCGGGCGGAGGAGCGCGGCCGCGAGGAUGUCGGCGGGCGGCCGCGACGAGGAGCGGCGGAAGCUGGCCGACAUCAUCCACCACUGGAACGCCAACCGGCUGGACCUGUUCGAGAUCAGCCAGCCCACCGAGGAUUUGGAGUUCCAUGGAGUGAUGAGGUUUUAUUUUCAAGAUAAAGCCGCCGGAAACUUUGCCACCAAGUGCAUCCGGGUCUCCAGCACUGCCACCACUCAGGAUGUCAUCGAGACACUGGCCGAGAAGUUCCGGCCCGACAUGCGCAUGCUGUCGUCUCCCAAGUACUCGCUCUACGAAGUGCACGUCAGCGGAGAAGAAAGAAGAUUGGACACAGACGAGAAGCCCCUGGUCGUGCAGCUGAACUGGAACAAAGACGACCGGGAGGGCAGGUUUGUCUUGAAGAACGAGAACGACGCCGGCCUUCCGAAGAAGGUUCAAAGUAACGGGCCCGAAAAGCAGGAAAAGGAAGGUGUCAUCCAGAACUUCAAGCGAACGCUCUCGAAAAAGGAGAAGAAGGAGAAGAAGAAGAGAGAGAAAGAGGCGAUGAGACAGGCAUCCGACAGAGAUGACAGGCCUCUCCACGGGGACGACGUCGAGAACUCCCGCCUGGCCGCCGAGGUCUACAAGGACAUGCCCGAAACGAGCUUCACGCGCACCAUCUCCAACCCCGAGGUGGUGAUGAAGCGGCGCCGGCAGCAGAAGCUGGAGAGGAGGAUGCAGGAGUUCCGGAGCGCGGACGGGCGGCCGGAUUCCGGUGGGACGCUGAGAAUCUACGCAGACAGUUUAAAGCCAAACAUCCCCUAUAAGACAAUCCUGCUGUCUACUACUGACCCUGCCGACUUCGCUGUGGCCGAGGCCUUGGAGAAGUACGGUCUGGAAAAAGAGAGCCCGAAGGACUACUGCAUUGCCCGGGUUAUGCUUCCUCCUGGAGCCCAACAUUCCGAUGAAAAAGGUGCUAAAGAAAUUAUCCUUGACGAUGACGAGUGUCCCUUACAAAUCUUCAGGGAGUGGCCCAGCGACAGAGGGAUUUUGGUCUUUCAGCUGAAGCGGAGGCCGCCAGACUACAUCCCAAAGAAGGCGAGGAAGCACCUGGACGGCAAGCCGGCGCGGGCGAAGGAGCGCGCGGACGGGGCGGGCUACGGCUCCGCACUGCCGCCCGAGAAGCUGCCCUACCUGGUGGAGCUGAGCCCAGAUGGUUCUGACUCCAGAGACAAGCCAAAGCUGUACCGCCUCCAGCCCAGCGUCACCGAGGUCGGCACGGAAAGGUUCGACGACAGCUCCAUCCAGCUGUUUGGCUCGGGAAUCCAGCCCCACCACUGCGACCUCACGAACAUGGACGGGGUGGUCACCGUCACCCCGAGGAGCAUGGACGCCGAGACCUACGUGGAGGGGCAGCGCAUCUCGGAGACGACGAUGCUGCAGAGCGGGAUGAGCGUGCAGUUCGGGGCGUCGCACGUGUUCAAGUUCGUGGACCCCAGCCAGGACCACGCGCCGCUGCGGCGGCCUGUGGACGGGGGCCUGCCCGCCAAGGGCCCCCGGCACAAGCCUGGAAUUGUUCAGGAGACGACUUUUGAUUUAGGAGGAGAUAUUCAUAGUGGAACAGCAUUACCAACAAGCAAGAGCUCGACUAGACUGGACAGUGACAGGGCGGUGUCCGCCUUCAGCACGGCCGAGCGGGGGAUGGUGCGGCCCACGGUCAGAGCGGAGCAGCAGCCCGAGCACCGCGGGCAGGAGCGCAGGACGCAGGAGGCGCCCGGCCCCGAGCUGACGCUGCCCGCCAGCAUCGAGUUCCGGGAGAGUGCUGAAGAUUCCUUUUUAUCUGCCAUUAUAAACUAUACCAAUAGCUCCACCGUCCAUUUCAAGUUGUCGCCUACCUACGUGUUAUACAUGGCGUGUCGGUAUGUAUUGUCGAGCCAGUACAGACCUGACGCCAGUCCGGCCGAGCGCACGCACAAGGUGGUCGCCAUCGUCCACAAGAUGGUGAGCAUGAUGGAAGGCGUGAUCCAGGAAGUAGACCAGGUCGACCAGAAGCAGAAGAAUAUCGCGGGGGCGCUCGCCUUCUGGAUGGCGAACGCGUCAGAGCUGCUCAACUUCAUCAAGCAGGACCGAGACCUCAGCCGGCUCACGCUGGAUGCUCAGGAUGUGCUGGCGCACCUGGUUCAGAUGGCCUUCAAGUACCUGGUGCACUGUCUUCAGUCGGAACUGAACAAUUACAUGCCAGCCUUUCUGGAUGACCCUGAAGAGAACAGUCCGCAGAGACCGAAAAUAGAUGACGUCCUGCGUGCACUGACGGGGGCCAUGGCGCUGCUGCGGCGCUGCAGAGUCAACGCUGCCCUGACCAUCCAGCUCUUCUCCCAGCUCUUCCACUUCCUCAACAUGUGGCUGUUCAACAGGCUGGUGACGGACCCCGAGUCGGGGCUGUGCUCUCACUACUGGGGGGCCAUCGUCCGCCAGCAGCUGGGGCACGUGGAGGCGUGGGCGGAGAAGCAGGGGCUGGAGCUGGCCGCUGACUGCCACCUCAGCAGGAUCGUGCAGGCCACCACGCUGCUCACCAUGGACAAGUACGCGCCUGAAGACGUUCCGAAUAUAAACAGCACCUGCUUCAAGCUGAACUCGCUGCAGCUUCAGGCCUUGCUGCAGAACUAUCACUGUGCACCUGAUGAGCCCUUCAUCCCUGCGGAACUGAUAGACAACGUGGUGGCUGUGGCUGAGAACACGGCGGACGAGCUGGCCCGCAGCGACGGGCGGGAGGUGCAGCUGGAGGAAGACCCCGACUUGCAGCUGCCCUUCCUGCUGCCGGAGGACGGCUACUCCUGUGACGUCGUCAGGAACAUUCCCAACGGCCUGCAAGAGUUCCUGGACCCCUUGUGCCAGAGGGGGUUCUGCAGGCUGAUUCCUCACGCGCGCUCACCGGGCACUUGGACGAUCUACUUUGAAGGUGCAGAUUACGAAAGCCACCUGAUGCGAGAGAACACAGAGCUGGCAAGUGUGGCUCAGCCUCUGCGGAAAGAGCCCGAAGUAAUCACCGUGACCCUGAAGAAGCAGAACGGCAUGGGCCUCAGCAUCGUGGCAGCGAAGGGUGCUGGUCAAGAUAAACUUGGGAUCUACGUCAAGUCCGUCGUGAAAGGAGGUGCUGCGGACGUGGACGGACGGCUGGCGGCCGGGGACCAGCUGCUCAGCGUGGACGGGCGGAGUCUGGUGGGACUCUCUCAGGAAAGGGCAGCGGAGCUCAUGACAAGGACCAGCUCCGUGGUGACACUGGAAGUCGCAAAGCAAGGAGCCAUCUAUCACGGCCUCGCCACCCUGCUCAAUCAGCCGUCCCCGAUGAUGCAGAGACUGUCGGACCGCCGGGGCUCAGGCAAACCCCGACCGAAGAGCGAGGGCUUCGAGCUCUAUCACAACGCAGCUCCAGACGGGUCCCCCGAGAGCCCUCAGAUGCCCUGGGCGGAGUACAGCGAACCAAAGAAAGCAGCGGGCGACGACAGGCUGCUGAAGAACAGAGCGGACCACCGGUCCAGCCCCAACGUAGCCCAUCAGCCCCCGAGCCCUGGAGGGAAGAGCGCCUACGCCCCCGGAGCGACCGCAAAGAUAACGUCCGUGUCCACGGGGAACCUCUGCGCGGAGGAGCAGACGCCGCCCCCGCGGCCCGAGGCCUACCCCAUCCCCACGCAGACCUACGCCCGGGAGUACUUCACCUUCCCCGCCUCCAAGUCCCAGGACCGGGCGGCCCCUCCCCCUCCUCACAGCCAGUGGCCCCCCUACGAGGAAGAGCCACAGGUGCGCGCGGACAGCAGCCACCCCAGCACUGCCACGCAGCGUGUCACCCGUUCCCAAGAGGAACUUCGGGAAGAUAAAGUUUACCACUUGGAGCGCCAUCGGAUGGAGGCCACGCUGGACCGCAAGUCUGACAGUGACGUGUGGGUCAAUCAGAGUUCCUCAGUGGGCUCCAGCGCGUCCAGCCAAGAGCACCUGGACCACGUGUCUAAGCCGGGCACUCCCGCGUCCACUUUGACCAGAAGCGGCCCUGGGCGCUGGAAGACACCGGCCGCCGGGCAGCCUGUGCCAGCAGCGGUCCCCCAGCCUGGCCGCACGGACCUGCCCCCACCCCCUCCUCCACCUCCCAUGCACUACGCCAGCGAGUUUGACGGACUCCCCAUGGAGUUGCCUCUCCCACCACCCCCUGCCAGCCAGGCGGGCCCUCUGUCUGCACAGGCCGCUGCAGAGCGGAAGAAGCGGGAAGAGCACCAGCGCUGGUACGAGAAGGAGAAGGCCCGGCUGGAGGAGGAGCGGGAGCGGAAGCGCCGGGAGCAGGAGAGGAAGCUGGGCCAGAUGCGCACGCAGUCGCUGAACCCCGCUCCCUUCUCUCCUGUGACUGUGCAGCCCGUGAAGCCGGAGAAGCCGGCCACGCUGCAGAGGCCCCCGGACACGGUCAUCCGCGAGUUGCAGCCCCAGCAGCAGCCCCGCACCAUCGAGCGCAGGGACCUGCAGUACAUCACCCUCAGCAAGGAGGAGCUGUCCUCUGGGGACAGCCUGUCCCCGGACCCCUGGAAGCGGGACGCCCGGGAGAAGCUGGAGAAGCAGCAGCAGCUGCACAUCGUGGACAUGCUGAGCAGGGAGAUCCAGGAGCUGCAGGGCAAGCCCGCGCGCACCGCCGAGGACAGCGACCGGCUGCGGAAGCUCAUGCUCGAGUGGCAGUUCCAGAAGCGGCUGCAGGAGUCCAAGCAGAAGGACGAGGACGACGAGGAGGAGGAGGACGACGACGUGGACACCGUGCUGCUCAUGCAGCGGCUGGAGGCAGAGCGCAGAGCCAGGCAGACUGCUGUGCCAGCAAUCUCUGUUCUAGAUUUGGACGAGGAGCGCCGGCGGCAGCAGCAGCUGGAGGAGCUGCGGCAGCGCGAGGCCGAGGAGCGCGCCCGGCAGGAGGAGCAGCGUCUGCGGCGGGAGGAGGAGCGCGGCCGGCGGGACGCCGAGGCCAAGAGGCAGCAGGAGGAGGGGUACUACAGCCGCCUGGAGGCUGAACGGCGCCGGCGGCACGAGGAGGCCGAGCGCCGCUUGCUGGGGCCCGAGCAGCCCGAGCCGGAGCAGGAGCCAGGCCUGGGCAGACCGCCGCUGCCCCGAGGCUACGAGCCCGCGGCCCUGCCCUCGGCCGGCGCGCCGCCCCCGCCGCCACAGCGCACCACCUCCUCCCUCCAGGCCCAGGCCCUCUCCCCCGACUCCCUGUACACUGCCAAGUACGUCGCCUACGAGGAGGAGGAGGAGGAGGAGGAGGAGGAGGAGGACCGCGGCCCAGCAGGUCAGGACACCUAUGCUGACCCAAGGGCACCGCCGGGGCCCCGCUCUCCUGCCGCCCUUAGGCCACAGCCUCGCCCCUGCCGGCCACGCCCAGCCUCCGAUGGCAUCUUCCUCUCCAACCCGUCCCAGCUGCCCUCGGCCUGUGCCAACAGCACGGCCCGCCCGGCAGGCCAGGCCCCGCCCCCUCCAAAAACCGCCAGCCUGCUCCACCUUGGGCCCUCCCGCGGGAGAGGACCAAACUGUUUCACGGGAUCUUCUGGGGCGCUGGCCGGCGCCCAUGAGGCUUAUCCGGACCCGAGAGAGAAACCAGCGAAAAGCCAGGAGGCCGAUGUCCCUGCAAGUUCGGGGGCCCCCGAGAACUUGACGUUCAAGGAGCGCCAGCGUCUCUUCUCGCAAGGUCAAGAUGUGUCUAAUAAAAUAAAAGCCUCUCGCAAGUUAACCGAGCUGGAGAACGAGCUGAACACCAAGUGAGACGGGGCCUCCGCAGGCCCGCGGGCCCUCUCUGCAGGCUCUGUGGCUGCGAGCCCGAGGCGGGAGGGGCCUGCUCCUGCGUCGCGCGGGGCUUGCCUCCGGGGCGGUGGGGACUUGGAGACAGUUCCAGCUCCAAGAAACUCUGUUUUACCAAGAGAUUGUCAUGUAUGCAAUUUAAAUUACACUGUCUAGUUUCUUCAUGAUCUGACCCCGUGAAGACCUUCUCAGCUUCUUUCUUAGAGGGGGCGGGAGGAAGGGGGUACCUCUUCCCUCCUGCUUCCCCGAGGAGCACAAAGCCACCCUGCUUCCCUUCUUUGUCACACGCUUGAGCGGAGCUCUCCGAGGGUAGCUUGAACUGCCCGGAAUGUCAUUUGCACUACUGAGUGGCAAGUAGGGACGGCUCUGCGGGGGGCGGUGACCCUCCCGGAGCGGGGGUCAGGGAGGCGCAGCCCCUGCGUGCGGGCCAGCGGCUCGCCCCAGUGCUCGGGCGGAGCAGGAACGGCGCUCCCGGAACAGGGGCGCACACGGGGCCCUGCCCUUCUCCUGCUUCCCCAGUCCCGGCCUCCUGAUCAGGUCUAGGUGUUUGAUUGGAAAGUUUUUUGAACAGAAAAUGUUGAGGCUUUAAGCUUAGGAAACUUUAUAAAAACUAGAUUAUUAUUAUAGUACAUCAUGGGUGGUUUUGCAGGUGGCAGUUACCAGUAGGAAGUUAACGUCUCCAGGCGUUCACGGGGAUCCGUGAGGGAGACUGCCGACCACACGGCGGCAGAUGGGGACGGGGCAGGGACGCGGCGCCUGAGCCCAGUGGGAGAGGAGCGGGCCGCGCCCGUGGGCUCACGUGCAGCGUCUGUAGUUAGUUUGUAGGAGUAAUUCAUAUGGCAGUUCAAGCUAUUUUUUUACACUCUAAUAGAAUUAUUUAAUUUUCAUUUGUUGAUUAUUAGUAACCACUGUCAUUUUUUCAGCUGUGGAAAUAUGGCUGAUGUCGGGGAGACGGACCUCACUUUGUUUUAUAUUGUGUGAUGUUAAAAUGGUAAAUUACUUUGUGAUUAUGAACAAAUUUUCUAUUUGACAAAGCCCUGAUGUGGGGUCUAGAUUUUUCUGUACCAUAUUGUUCUCUGAAAAAUACAUAUGUCAGGAAGAUGCGCACACUUCCAAAUAGCAGUGGGAGGGGCCCUCUCACCUUAGAAAUCACUUUAAGAAGAGCUGUAUGAUGAAUCAUUAAAAUGCGAGUGUAAAUACUUUGUGUCUGUCAGGGUUCUUGUUUGGAAGUGUGCGUUUGCCGCCCCCCCUCCACGUAAGGGGGAGGGCGGGGCCCGCGCUGAUGAAGGUC